AUGGGCCCCAAACUGCUCCUGCUGCUGCUCCUGGGACUAGUAGGCCAGGGCUCGGCCGGCAGCCUCCCGGAAAUGCUGCAGGCGCCCGUGGGGAGCUCCAUCCUGGUGCAGUGCCACUACCGACUCCAGGAUGUCAAGGCUCGAAAGGUGUGGUGCCGGGUCCUGCCAGAGGGAUGCCAGCCCUUGGUGACAUCAGCUGUGAAUCGCGGGGCCCCAGCUGGCAGCCGCAUAUUUCUCACCGACCUGGGGGGCGGCCUGCUCCAGGUGGAGAUGGUUGCCCUGCAGGAAGAGGAUGCUGGAGAGUAUGGCUGUGUGGUGGAGGGCUUCUCGGGGCCCCAGACGGUGCACAGGGUCACUCUGGAUGUGCUCCCUGCAGCUCCUGGCCUGAAAGAGGAGGAGAUCCAUCAGGAUGGGACUCUGGGUGAGAGCUCCUCUUUGGACUCUGAAAACAGCGGCAGCCCUUUGGAUCCCAGCCAGGAUAAGAAGAGCAGACCCUGGAUUUGGGGUGCUAUCUUCCUGCUGGGCCUGCUGGUGAUGGUGGCUGUGGUGCUGCUUGCUGUGAUGGCCAAAAGGAAAGGAAACAGGGUUGCUGUCGGUGGACAAUUUCAGAGCAGUGAAAUCUCAAACACGGCUCCCUCCUCAGUGGUCCACCACAUCAGUGACUCUGGACUGGCUGUUGAUUUGCCAUCAGAUAUACCAUAUGUCAAGCUUGACUCACCACCUUCCUUUGAUGAUACCACUUACACCAACCUUCCUCCUGAUUCCCUGUCAGGGAAACUCCUACCCCUAGACUCAUCCUGUGUGCCCCCUCUGCCUCCUAAGGUUGAGAUCAUCUCCAAGCCUGUGACAUACGCUACAGUCAUCUUCCCUGGAAAGGGCAAGGGUGGAGGAGCCCCCUGCGAGCCAGCCACCUAA